UACGCCGAGUCACGUGACCUGAUAGGGGAAAAAAUAGCAGCGAUGGAGAGAAGCUAAGGAAGGGAUCUGCUCUGGCAGUGGCUUCAGUUUUACCAAGAGUGCUUGUGGAAUGGCAGCAGUUUGGCAGCAGGUUUUGGCAGUGGACGCAAGGUACAAUGCUUACCGCACGCCUACGUUUCCACAGUUCCGAACUCAGUACAUCCGCCGACGCAGCCAGCUGCUCAGAGAGAACGCCAAGUGUGGCUUUGAGCCAGGACUGCGCAGGCAGUACCUGAGGCUGCGCAGUCAGCUGCUGGCCCUGCGCUACGGGCCCCUGUCUGAGCAGAGCAGCUUCAGGGCCAGCAGUGUGCGCAGCUCCCGCACCACACUGGACCGCAUGGAGGACUUUGAGGAGGACCCCCGCGCCCAAGGGGCUCGUGGUCACCGCCGGUCCGUCAGCAGAGGCUCCUAUCAGCUGCAAGCCCAGAUGAACAGAGCUGUCUAUGAUGAGAGGCCUCCGGGCAGCUUGGUGCCCACCUCUGUGGCAGAGGCCAGUCGUGCCAUGGCAGGAGACACAACACUGAGUGAAAAUUAUGCUUUUGCUGGCAUGCACCACAUAUUUGACCAACAUGUUGACUCUGCUGUUCCACGGCUGCAGUUCGCCAACGACGACAAGCACCUGCUGGCUUGCUGCUCAUUGGACGGCACCCUGUCCAUCAUGACUCUGUCCCCGUCUCCUCCCAGUGUGAAGGUGACACUUAAAGGCCAUGGAGGUCCUGUCACAGACUUUGCGUGGUCUCUGAGCAAUGACAUUAUAGUGUCAACGUCACUUGACGGGAUGCUGCGCAUCUGGAACACAGAGGAUGGUCGUUGCAUCCGAGAGGUCAGAGACCCAGAAUCCAGUGAGCUGCUCUGCUGCACUUUCCAGCCAAUGAAUAACAAUCUUACUGUGGUGGGAAACAGCAAGCAUCACCUGCAGGUGGUAAACAUCUCCACUGGGAAGAAGGUGAAGGGGGGCUCCAGUAAGCUCACAGGCCGCGUGCUGUCGCUCUCCUUUGAUGCUCCGGGCAAGAUCCUUUGGGCUGGCGAUGACAGAGGAAGCAUUUUCUCCUUCCUCUUUGAUAUGGCCACAGGGAAGCUGACCAAAGCCAAGCGCCUGGUGGUGAACGAAGGCAGCUCCAUCUGCAGCAUAUCUGCUCGGUCCUGGAUCAGCCGAGAGGCCAGAGACCCCUCUCUGCUGGUCAACGCCUGUGUCAAUAAGCUGCUUCUGUACAGGGUGGUGGACAACGAGGGCACACUACAGCUAAAGAGAAGCUUCCCAAUCCAACACGGUUCCCAGCUGGUUCACAGCAUCUUCUGCCCCCUCAUGUCUUUCAGACAGGGGGCUUGUGUGGUGACGGGCAGCGAGGACGCCUGCGUCUACUUCUUUGACGUCGAGCGCAACACCAAGGCAAUAGUGAACAAGUUGCAGGGUCACGGUGGACCGGUGCUGGACGUCAGCUUCAACUGUGACGAGAGUUUACUGGCGUCUGCCGAUUCCACCGGUAUGGUCAUCAUCUGGAGGCGGGAGCAAAAGUGAUCCUUCCAUCUCCCACACACACACACACACACACACAGACACAGAAAAAAAAGCCUGCUGUAUCCGUCCAAUACGACUUUCACUGGAAUGUAAGAGGCGGCGUUAAAUGUUUAAUUUAAUGAUACUAAAGUGCAAUCAGAUAUGCUGUGUAGGUGGUAGGGAUUGUCUUAAAGAAUGGGUGGGUAAUGUGUGUGUGUGUACUUGUACAGCUGCAGCUGAGACAUUGCUUUUAAUCAAAAUAAGACGGAAACACUUCUCCCAUGCAUGUGUCGUGGCUUCAACACUGACUCGCACAGAAAUGACUGACUGACACGACGAGAACACAACACAACGCAACCUUCCUGAGAAAACUGUAGCACACCGACGGACGGACGGGCGGUCCCUCUGGCAUAGAUUCAGUUCACGAUUUAUGUAACUGUUACUCAAGCAGUGUAAUCACGUGUUGUAAAAAAAAAAAAACGCCUUUAUUUGCUCUCAGUUCUGCUAUUUGCCUGUUUGCAUAAUUAUCCAUGUGCAUGAUAUUCACGCCAGAGUCACUCAUAGGCAAAUCGGAUUGAUCCUAAAAAUAUACAAGUGGGGUUUUUAAGUAUGCGUUUGUACUCAUCUGUAUGUGUGUGUGUGUGUGUGCGUGUGUGUUUUCGGGUUAUGCUGAUUCAUAUGUUAUUUAAUACACAUACGGAAUAAACUAACGUAACUGUCA